AUGUUCAGCGUUCUCUGCCUUGCACUCCUCCUCGCGCUCAGCACCAGUGCAGGUUAGUUCCCCCUAUCUGAUUGGUGCGUUUCCGGUGUGCUGACUUCUGUCCUACGAAUGAAUCAGCAUUCCGCUCACUGUGAGACCUGUACACUUCGACGUAGGGCUAACAAACGAGAUGGUGAAAGCAGUGUUCAUAAUCUCUCGUAUCCAGCUGUCUCCCAGCAUCGCAGGCAUUUAAAGUCAGGUUAGUCAGUGUAAGUCCAGCGUCGAAGAAGUGUGAUUCGGAGUAUUCGCCUUAAUACUGACGAGCGCGCCCCUUCCCCAGUUAACAGGACAUGCAAUGACUCCUUCUAGAGUUUUUUGUAGUCUUUUCUCAGCCCAUCUCCUUUCUCUACCCCAUCCCACUAGGAGAUGCCUCAGAAACCAAUGGCGAUCUUUGGGGCUACGCAUUUUGGGUUCAGAUAUGGGGUCGCUGCAGCCUCAAUAGAGUCUGCGAAUGGUCAAUUCAGCCUCUAUAUCGUUGACUCCAAAAUUGCCUACUUUCCCUCAACAUGUCGUGAUUUGAAUUAGUUAUAUUUUUAAUAUUAAGUCUAUAUAUAAAUAUAACGUCCCGCUAUGCGGCUGCUUGCGGGGCUCGAGAGGGAGCUCCAAAGCACAACCGGACGAGUGAGUUCUGUACUGUGACCCGUGGGCGUCUCUUUACCAUUAUAUAUAUAUAUAUAUAUGUAAAGUUUUGAAUGCAUACAUUCAUGUGGGUUUUUCGCCUGUAAAAUAGCUUUUCCGAUGCUGCCUGGACAGGGGUUAGGAUUUCAAUAACUGGUAAAAGCAAAUUAAUCAGAAGCUCUCACAGCAGCAUUCGGUACGAAUAUUCGACCUUCGCAUCUUCUGCGAGUUUUUAAUGCUCGACGGCCCACAUAUACUUACUUUGAUUACUAUAACACUGCAAAAUUACCACCCCUGCUAACGAACUGUUUUAAUUGUAGCGGGCAACAAUGUCUGCACAUUGCCAGUCGAACCCGGUCUAUGCAGAGGCUUCUUCCCCAGCUUCGCCUACGUUCCUGAGGUGAAUCGCUGCGAAAAAUUCAUCUACGGUGGCUGCGGUGGCAAUGGCAAUCGUUUCGAAAGCCUUGAGGAGUGCCAACGAGCCUGCGGCGGCAAUAGUAAGUCUUGAUUCCACUUGCUGUCCUCUGACCACUUACUCUUUGGAAUUCUUACUGAGUCACUUCUCAGCCGUCCUCUUCGACGAUGUUCACCAUGUGCCCCACAACAGGUGGGGGGGGGUGUUGGUGGUGGUGGAGGUGCAUGGAUAGUGACUUACAUGGGAUUUAGUUUAGUAGACUUGCGCAGCGUUCGCGCAUUCUCUCCUCCUCACCUACCCCGGCUCGAUGCCAAGAAAGAGUCCAGAGAACCGGGGCGGGGAGGGGGAGCAGGAUCGGAUGCGGUAGUUGGCCACGUCAGACGGUACGUCUCCCGCGUCUCCGGGCUUGCCACACACACGCCCGAUCGGUGCACAAUGAACCAGCUUUUUACACAACCAGAGGUGGGGGCAGCCCCGAUCCGAACUGACUGCGAGUGCCAUACAGACCACAUCUUGUAGGAGUCCCUGCAGCCGCAGUCUGGCUCUCUCUCUCCCUCGCUUCUGAGAGGCCGGUCGAGCUAUUCCCACGUUUAGCAGUCUCCCAAGCCAGGACUUUGAGCACACUGGGAUAGAUUAAAUCCCCUCCGUGGCGUUAAGCAGGGUCCGUGUGCGUAGCUCUAUCUCAACAAAGUGGUACCAUAAUUACACUCCAAUGAGUAAAGACCCCACUGAUGACAUUUCAACUACAGCAGCUCUCUCCCCCCUUCUCCUCCACCUCCUGCCUUCACCUCACUGCACUGUUCCCAUGACAAUGCGUACACUAAUAAACCCUGCUGACGGUGUCUGGAUGAAUUCUGCUCUAUGUGCGAGCUAACUGUGUCACUAGAUUCACAUCGGUCCCACUGAUCGGUGCUGCUGUUUCGAAUUGUAGCGAGAUCAGGUGUGCGCAUUUGCAACUUUCCAUAAAUCAGGCCUUUGAGUUCCCUGUGCUCCGAUACAGUUGAGCCGCCUCAAUACGUCAGAUGGUAUAUAACUGCCGAUGGUCCAUGAAGCAUCGGCGUUAGUGUGAAACAGAUAGAAUGUACAGCCUCGGUUUCCUACUGAUUCUCCUUCUUUGCCUCGGAGCUACAGGUAUGCAUUAUUUCAGGGUAAAUUUAAACCUGACUACGGAAUUGCUUGAAUAUUUAUGUGGCUAGAUCGCAGUUGGUAGCCAGGCCCCGUAUUACAGGUGGCCGGGGAGGGGUUGUUUACUGGUGCUAUUUUAUGGGGUUCCACAACCACAUCUGACCCAUUUAGCUUCCGUUUUACGUUUGAGGUUGGGAUAAGCGCACCGGUUGAUGGUUUCCGAUUUUCGGGUUAGGGUUAUGCCUUCAGGCUUUGGUUUUUGGGUUACGGUCAGGGUUUGAGCGUACGAAUAAGUUUCAGUAUUAUGGUUAGGCUUUUCAGUUACGACUAUGUCUAAGGGCUACGGUCACGUUUGCGAUAUCGGUUAGGAUUAGGGUUAGGGUUGCCGUUAGGGUUAACGGUUAACGUUAAAGGUUGAGGUUAGAGUUAGGGUUAAGGAUAGGAUUAGGGUUAAGCUCGUCGUCCGCUUCCCCAUUCCUGGCUACCAACUGCGAUCUAGCCAUUUAUGUUCUUUCGGAUUAGAAAAUCAGGGCAUAAUGACAGCGAAAAAAGUAAAUUCGUAAACUAAAUGGUGGAGUCUGCAUCCCGGUGGGGGAUUCCUUUUCCAAGCAUUUCUUAUAAACUCGAAUCCCUGAGGUAUUUCGCUAACAGUGGAAAUUCAAAAUAAGCACAAACAAUGCGAUUUAUUCUUACUAAAGUGUUCACGAAGAAUCCUCGGUCGUUUUCUGUCGUCGCAUAACACGGAUAACGCAUAAUGAACACACUUCAGGUUGAAUCUGUUUACAAGAUCAAUACAAAAAGCGUCAAGAUCACAGUUCGGGACGUACGCGCAUACAAAUCGAUGGAAAGAGUUCACCUAACAACGUGACAGAAGGAAGGAAACGUAGAAGGUGGUGUAAAUCAAAAAGUCUAUCGAAUAACACCUGCUUUGAGAAAUAAAUUAGGUAAUUCUGGUUGGUAAACUUAUCCCGUCAUGUACGGACUUGAAGUGAGUGACCGAUCUCAUGAAAUGUUAGCCGAAAUUCUGCAUUGCGUUUUCGAUUAGGAAAAAUUUCUUAAGUGAGUUUGUGGUAUUGAUUAUCGUGCGACAUAAUCCUAUAAUACUUCAGCCUUGUAGGGAUUUGGGCUUUCGAAUGCCUUUGUUUUCGACUACCCGUAAAAACUGCACUCAACUGCGGCUCAAUUGGUUUGCUUCUACUUUUAUUUUUGAUGUCCCUAAACAUCAGGUAUAUUUCAUAGAAUAUGUGCGAAAAUAUAUCUUUUUUAUACUUACCUGGUAGAAAAUCACGCUUGAUCAUUCUUGCUUGAAGAAAGUGCAUCCCCGAGAUUAAAGAACGUUUUUCAAUUCCCCAUUAGUUUUCAGCCCGAUCUGCCGUAGCAUUCGCGUUUAUCGUUUUCAGUCCACAGGAGGCAUAUCUUAUGUAAGAAAAGUGGUGCAUUUCUAUACAACAUCAAAAAUAUGUCAUAUAGCGCUCAUAGUAUUUUAAGCUGCAUGUGGAGCAUCAUUAAAAAGGCGGAUAACGGAGUGAAAUAUUUUCAGGAGGCCGGAAAGGAUACCAUUAAAGGGCUGGCAUCCUGGCCUGAUUGGCUGCAGAAUAAUCAGUAGUACAACCCUAUUUGAAUUAUACUUCCUAAUCGAAGACAAAUCGCCUGUUAUAUAACCAAACUGACAAAGCACCGCAGUGUGUACUGUAUCAGAUUUCCUUGACUUAUAAGCAAGCGAAAAAUGGAAAAUCCCCACACUGGCCCUUUGCACUAGUAGUACGCGAACUAAUGUUGCAAGCGUCGCACAUUCUCAACCCAUCAUGAUUUUCAGGUCGCGAGAAUCGUUGUGAGUUGCCCAUUGAGGCCGGAAACUGCCUCGCCUAUCUUCCACAUUACGCCUUCGAUAGAAGACAGCGCAAAUGUGUGCGCUUCAUCUACGGCGGUUGUGGAGGAAACGCCAACAGGUUCGCCACUCUGGAAGAAUGCAAGAAAGCCUGCGAAUAG